CCUCAGAGGCGGUGCCCAGCCGCCGCGCCCCUUGUCCCGGACGCGCGGCAGCCGGCGGCCCAGGAGCGGGCGGGCGUUGUGAGCGACGGGCCGCAGGCGGGCGGGCGGCCGGCUGGCCAUGGAGGUACGUGGUCUCCCGCUCUGUCUGCUGGCCGUCACUUGCGCGGUGCCUGCGCUGAGCCUGGGCCAGGGCUGUGCCGCGCAGCGAAUGGACAACGCCAUCAUCGAUAUAAACUUGUCUCUCCCCAUGGGUAUCCGAGGUGUGGAACCGGUGCACAUUUCAACACCAGAGGCUUGUAUACAUGCCUGCUGCUUGGGAAAAAAGCUGUCAGGAGACAAGAAAUGUAACUUUGUGAUUUUUGAUGCUCAAAGGGCAAGCACACAGCCAAACUGCUACCUGUUUCAUUGCCCUAGCACAGAGGCUUGUCUGAUGAAACGUGCAAUGGGACUUGUGAGCUACAAGAUAGGUCAAGACACCGAUGCCCUGGAGGACACAUCCUUCAAAAAUGAGGACUUUCAUUCAAAUGAACGCUCUAUACCUUCAGAUGCCAGAACUUUUAUUUCUCAAAGUCAGGCUAGCCAUCAGAAUCGUACCACUGCUUUGCAACAAUUUGUUUUUCAUCAGGCAUCUGAAGUCCUCAACCAUACGGCCAAGCAUGUAGACAACACUGAAUUUCGUACUAUUUUUCCUGAAUCACAAUGGGCAGACAAUCCCAAGAGCUUAGACCCCUUGCCAAGGCAGACAGUAAUUAAUCCACCACCAAAUACAUCAUCUGCUGUUCAAAUUGGAAACCCUUCUGCUUUGUUUUCCACCACUCAGUCUAGUGUUCCCAGUCCCAGCAGUACUACUGUUACUCCUUUGCCUACAAGUACUGUCAGACUGAAAUCUUAUACAACUUCUUUGCUUAUAGGUGGUGCCAAACCUAGUACUGUCACCACAACAACCACCUUUAUGCUUACUGCAAGAGCUGAACCUGGUAUCCCUGCUGCCAGUAUUGCUGCUACUCACGUUCUUUCCAGUCCCACAACUUCUGCUUCUACUUCUACAGCCAAGUGGGUGACCUCUAAUCCCGUAACAGCCACCAGCUCAGCAGGGCUCAGAAGUUCAUCCAUCCCUCCUGAGCCAACAGUUGUCUCUACCAAUUAUACCAGCCGUGUUACCUUUGUCUCUUUUUCAGGUUUUGCUCUGUCUUCUAUUGCUUCCCCCAUAGCUUCCCAAAACAACCAUCAGGAUUAUGACCCAUCUGAUUCAGAAGGCAACCUCUCAGAGAAUGUUCAGACAAGAAAAGGCUUUGUUCAGCUGGAAGACAAAAGCAGACUUGUAGCGGCUUUACUUUUUGGCGUGAUAUUCUUGCUGUUAGUUAUUGCACUCAUGGGGAAGAAAAUGCAUGAAUCUCUUCAGAAGAGACAAUAUACCAGGUUAGAUUACUUGAUCAAUGGAAUGUAUGCUGAUGUGUGAUGGGGCAUAGGGAAUAGAUUGUUGGGAGCAUUUAUUAUCUUUGAAAGAACUACUCUGAAAGUGAAGGGCAGAUAUGAAAUCUCAAAAAACGAUGCAUUCCUUUUUUUGUCACCAGUGGCCAGAUCGUUUUGGUGGGGAAGAGAACUGCUAUUUCCAUGUGGAAAUACAAUGUCUAUAGUUUGAUUUAGUAUCAAAUUCUGAAUAUAAACCCUCAAGCUAAGCAAAAAAGUUCUCGUAUUUAAGGAGAAAAUAAUUUCAAGAGUGUAUUCUGUGACUAGAUUAGCAGAAUAGAAUUCAACCUAAUUAGUUGAGUACCUGUGCAGCACACGAGCACUUUCAAUGCUAUUUGCCUCCAAAUACAUCAGUGUUACACAGGUCUGGCAUCAUGUAACUGUAUAUGGCAUCCUAUAUACUCUAUCUGAACCUUAAAUGAGUAUUGGAUAGUAGUAUAUAGCAUCCAAAUGGCUUUAAGUACAAAGAGUAAACUAAUAUCCAUAACAUACUUAGCUUAACUUUCCUUAACUACAUCAUGUUUAUUGACAUUUAUCUUGAAUGCUUUCGUGUGCAUACAUCAUAAGCUAUACUUUACGCACUGCAAAUUUAAGUUUGCCUUUUCUGAAGAGAUCACCAUCCUCUUGCACACUGAUUUUUUGCAGGACAUGUCAAAUAGUUUUUAUCGUAUUUAGUUAAAGCUGGAAUCAGUUUUUUUUCAUGACAAAUAGCAUGACCAAGUGAUUUGGCAUAUGCACAAGAAUCUGUUCUAAUAUACAUAAACCUAUAACAGCUGAAACUUAAGACUUAAUUGUAGAGCAGAUGGAAACUUGGGAAGGAACUGAGCAAAGACAACAGCUGUGUUAUUAGCAGAAGACACAGAAAAAGUAUGGUCUCCGGUUCCUGAACAUCUAGACAGAUCGAAGGGAAUUAAGAAAGUAUUAAGUAACGUUGAUGGAUGUGUUGUACAAGAGUCCUAAACUCAGUGAUAUUUCCUAUGGUCAGAGAAGCAUUAUCUUCAAACAACUUUGCAUUAUCUUUCUGCUUCUAGCAUUCUUUUACUGCCCUCACCAGGCUAGUGGCUCAUAAAAGCACUGCUUGAAACAGGGCUAGAGUUGUUAGAAACACACACAGAAUCGCAGGUCCUCAAGGGAUCAUUGAGUCCAGUCCUUCUGCUAAAGUGGAACAUACAGGUCCUAGAUGGGUCUUGAGUAUCUCCAUUGAAGGAGACUCCACAACCUCUGGGCAACCUGUUCCAAUGCUCCAUCACCCUUACCGUAAAAAAAAGUUCUUCUGUAUGUUGGUAUGGAAUAUCCUAUGUACAAGUUUUAGACCAUUUCUCCUUGUACUGUCUCUGCACACCACUGAGAAGACCCUGGCCUCAUCCAUUUGCCUUCAACCUCCCUUUAGAGAUUUUUUGUAAACAUUAAUCAUAGCUCUAGAACUCUACAUGUUCUCAAAGCAUGUCUUUUUUACUUCUGGGAUCAUGUUCAUAUGACUGGUAAUAAGCACAGCUGCCCUAUGUUUCCAUGCGUCUGGAAUGAGAGGCAAGUGAGAGUGCCUGUAAGCAUCCACUGUUUCAACCUCCAGUUCAUAUUACAUUUUUCCACACCAUCACCAGUCUUAACCUGUUUUUAGAAUGAAACCCUAGAUAUCGAAGUAUCUGUGGCAGGCAGCAUAAUCAACUACAAACAUUGGGAUAGAGAAGGAAAGGUGCCUUAUGAAAAGAAGCAAAUAAUUACAUUACAAAAUAUGAAAAGUAACUCAUGUCCAAGAGAUUCUUAGAUCUAUCAAGCUUAGUGCAGUGGGAAGCAGUCAUGAUCCAAAAAUGGCAUCAAGGCAAAUUUUCUGAGAGCUCUAACAAUAACUUUAUGCAGAAAAUUCUCUGAAAAUUCUGUUAUUUAAUAAUCAAAGACAAGUCAGUGUUCCUUAUGUCAAGAAGUUGAAUUCUUGCUAUAUGGAGGCUGAAAGUUACUUUAUAGAUAUAAAACCAGCUGGUUUUCUACGUUACUUCUAUCUAAUAAUGCUUACAUGAAUAACAGUCUGGCUAGUGUCUUAGAAUUGAACAAAUUUGCAGAAGUAUCUCAACUUUAUCAGCUUGUCUGUUGACUGCACAUUAUUUAGCCUUUGCUUCUUUUUUGUUUUUAUUUUUUUUUAAAUCAGCUAGUUUCAGAGGUUUGUGGUCAAAGAAUAUGAUGAAGAUGGAAAAUAUUUAUGGGAAGUAAGUUAAAGAAAUUAUAAUUACUAGGUCCAGUUGUGGGCUGUAAAAUGCAGGUCCAAAUAUGAGAUUGACUAUAGUUUUCUCUAAAAAGACUUACAACCUAGUGAGAAGCCUUCUAUGUUUCCUAUGCCAUCAUAGCAACUUACUACAGGAGAGGUAUUGAGAAGAACUGAACCUUCACUGUGCAUUUCUACUAUAGUAAAAAAUUUGUUGGAGGUAGAGAUGCUUGAUAGUAAUUGAGGCAAUGCAGUGCAGUAGACACAGGUUCAACAGGAGGGCAGACACAUUGUAGGGUCAUUCAGAGUGCAGGGCGUGUGUUUGGCUAAUACCACUAGAAACAUUGCCUUCCAGCCAAAACAUCCAACAUAUAUCAUACACUGUGAAUGGGAGAACGAAACCAGUGAGUUGCAUGUAUAUUGUGACUAACUUAGUGAGAAAUCUGAGCUGAGUGGUCUUUUAAUAAUUUUUGAGUGGAACAUACAACUUUAAAUGUUAAUACAUAAAUAAAAAAUAAAUAUAGAAUCAUAGAAUUGUUUGAGUUGGAAAGAACCUUAAAGAUCAUCCAACCUCUUAAAGUUCAGUUCCAACCUCUCUGCCAGGGGCUGGAGCAGUUUGCACUACAGCAGGUUGUUCAAAGCCCCAUCCAGCCUGGCCUUGAACACUUCCAGGAAUGGAGCAUCAACAGCUUCCUUUAGCAUUAUACAUAUAGGGAUCCCAUCCAUUUGCCUUGUUAGAGCAAAUGAGAUUAUUGGGUGACCUGCCUAGAACGUUCUGUAGGGGGAUUUAUAGGCUGUGUUUGAACACUAGAGGGCAACAACAGUUUAUUAAAUAGAAUCAACAAAUGUGAGGAUGUAAAUAUAAAAAUGUUUUAUUUAGCUUGGUUUUUAACUUUCCAGUCAGUGGCUAUUUCACUGCAAAUUAUGUUCCAUGACAAAAAUGUUUUGUUUACUGGAAGGCUCUUGGUGGAAGAUUAUACACAUACUCUUUUUAAGCUUCUAACUAUAUCAUAUAGCAGUAGUGAAGCACUGUCGAAGACAGCAAAACACUAAGUAUAUAAUUGUCUACAUUUUAAUAAUGUCAAAUCAGAUUGUAUUUUUAGUCACAUAUUAGCAUUGUCAGUAAAAAGAGCAGGAGAGAGAUUUCGUAUAAUCAUUCUUUCAACAGUGGUGCUUAAUUAAGCACAUUUUAUGAGCGUACUUAUUCAUCUGAAUAAUAGCGUUGGAUUAUGAAAGAGAAAUAACAGAAUAACUGCAAAAAAAUCCACCUAGUGUGUUAUGCUUUUUGACACUGCUUAUCUAAAAUUUCUGUACAUGGACAGCUCUUAUGGUCUUAAAUGUGCACCAUGCUCCCUGAUGUGAAGUGAUCAAACAGCAACAAACUUUUGCAGAUUGUUCAGGAACUAAACAGAUAUGCCCUUCCUGCUAGUAGGGGAAAAAAAAAGAAGAUAUCUUCCCUCCUGAAAAUAAACAAUAGUGCCUUAAGACAUAAAAAUAAAACUGAAAUCAUAUAGUUUGAUCAUCAGAAUUGGGGUGGCUCUUUCUGAGUACAGUCAUAUAUGUGAGGGCACAAGGCCAAAAGCUGAUUGACUUUAAUCACCUGGAGAGUGUAAUAAAUUCUAUUGCUGCUUGUUUCA